AUGAGAGAAAGUGGGAGCCAUGUUGCAGGAAGUUCCAACCGAUCAUCGUCGACGGAGAACUGGAGAAGAAGCACGACGCGAAGCAGGCAUGGACGGGUUCCGGACUGGUGCGGCUGUGGUUGUCGCCCGGUGCUAAGGUGGUCUGGGACGGAGUCGCAUCCUAACAAGCCCUUCUUUGGUUGCCCCAACUAUAAUAUAAGUGGAAAAACAUGGUGUGGGUUAUUCGUCUGGGCUGAUUCUGUGCAAGAGGAGUUGUCUGAAGGAGCUGUUGCAGGAGAUGAUGAUGGUGACAGGAAGAUGAACUUUGCAUGGCGGAUGGGCAAGAUGGAGGCAGACAUUAGGAAUCUGAAAUUCAUAACUCAUGUUCUUGGAUUUGGGUUCUUAGUAAUUGUUGUUUUUGUAGGAUUGGUGCUAUUAAAGGGUUGAGAACAUGUCAAUGUAAUGCAGUUCCCAAAUUAAUGAAUGAAACUGUUAUGUGGUAACAUAACAAGGUUUGUGUAAAUCAUCUUACUUUGAUAUAAUAUAAUAUCCUGUUGGAUGAAGUAAAAGAACUUGU